GCAGGGGCGCCUUCGCUGCAAUUCGCCGGAGCUGGAGGCGCAGCGGGCGGAGGCUGCACGGCCGGGGCGCGGGGAGAGGACCCGCCGCCCCCCAGACCCCCAGCCCGCGGAGGCAGCUGCUCCCUGCCCCUCGCGGCCGGCUCCCCACUCUCGGCCCCCUCCCUCCGCCCUCUCGCUGGCGUUCCCAGCAGCCCGGGGUUUCAGAUGUCCCACCGCCGCUUGACCCCCUCCCCCUGCCUCUCCACCCUGCAAAUGAGGUUUGACCAGCAGAGGCAGAGCCCCCCUCUGGCUCAGAAUCCCUGACAUUUCGACUCGGCUUCAACCUGUUUACAAGCCGGCUCUGCAGAGGAGGGGGGAGGGCCACGGGGCUCAACAAAACACCACCGCCGUCCCCCCGAACAAGAAGCGACUUUCUGCGGGCUUCCCAUCCACCGGCGCCGCCAAAAAGAGAAAGCGAGAGGGAGAAGCACCGGCGGCGAGGCGAGCGGGCGCCGGCCCCCAGCGCUGACACCCGGAGGCGCGCGCGGUGCUGCCGUCUAGGGGCUGGGCUCCGCGGACAGGGGCCCGAGGGCGCGUCCCCGGGCGCGCAGGCUCUCCCCAGCCUCCCCCGGCCCCGUGGGUUUUGUUCACCGGCUGUCAUCUGGUUUUUUUAGACUGGUUUUUUUUCCAUCUAACAUGGUGAAGCAAGGAGUGAAGAGGAGAACAAAGUAACUCCUGGGGGAGUGAAGGUCGCUGGGGACCAAGAGCACCCGCGCUACUGCGGCCACCCACGGCCACCCUUCCCCCGGGGACGGCAGGGGCGCACGGCGGCGGCGGAGCCCGAGGGGACCGGGACGGGGGCGAGGAGAGGCGGCGGCCCUUGCGAGGAGUUAUGGAUGGUGGUGCAUUCAGUUCUGGCCAGAUCCGCUCCCGGAGGAGGCAGCUAAGCGGCGGCCGCCACCUCCAGCUGUCUCCCUGCCUCGCACCGGGUCUCACCCUUCCAGCAUGUUCCUUCUGAUAAGCCCCUUCCCAGCGCCGCGAGUUCCAGUACAAUGUGGAAAUGGGAACUGACACAUGGUGCCUCCGCCUCGCCCCACCUGCCCGGCCGCUGCUGCUGCUGCUUCUUGCUGCUCUUCCUGGUGUCUUCCGUCCCCGCCACCUGCCAAGCCCUUGGGCAGGACAUGGUGCCACCAGAGGCCACCAACUCGUCUUCUUCGUCCUCCUCCUUCUCCUCCUCUUCCUCCUCCUCCUCCUCCUCCUCGUCCUCCUCCUUCUCCUCUCCUCCCAGUGCGGGGAGGCAUGUGCGGAGCUACAACCACCUCCAAGGCGAUGUCCGCUGGAGAAAGCUCUUCUCCUUCACCAAGUACUUUCUCAAGAUCGAGAAGAACGGGAAGGUCAGCGGGACCAAGAAGGAGAACUGCCCCUACAGUAUCCUGAAGAUAACUUCAGUUGAAAUCGGAGUUGUUGCAGUCAAAGCCAUUAACAGCAACUAUUAUUUAGCCAUGAACAAGAGGGGGAAACUCUAUGGCUCAAAAGAAUUUAACAAUGACUGUAAGCUGAAGGAGAGGAUAGAGGAAAAUGGAUACAACACCUAUGCAUCCUUCAACUGGCAGCACAAUGGGAGACAGAUGUACGUGGCCUUGAAUGGAAAAGGAGCUCCCAGGAGAGGACAGAAAACUCGAAGGAAAAACACCUCCGCUCAUUUCCUCCCAAUGGUGGUGCACUCAUAGAAGCAGCCAGGGCUUGUGGGUGCAGUGGAACCAAAGGCUCUUUGGCCAGGAAUAGUGGGUAUUCUUCACGAAAACAGUAGCUCAAAAGGCAAAGACGCAUGGCAGGCAUCUGCUUGCUUGAAAGAAAGAAAGUCUUUAAAGACUUUUGUACACACUGCUGAUGUAUGAUGUUCCUUUCAUUAGUUCUGUGUCAUGCCUUAUAAUCCAGAUAGAGGUGGAGCAAACGGAAUAGAAGUUACUCCUAUAUGAACAACAUUGUGGCUGGGUUUCUUGGUUAAGUUUUUGUUUAUGUUUGUUUUUAUUUGUUUUUUUAACCUCUGAGAUAGAACUUAAAGGACAUGGAACAAUCUGUCGAAUGAUCUUCAGAAAAGUUAUUUAUGGAAUAUGAACUCAUGUCAAAGACUUUCGUUGCUCAUUCCAGCCGAGUGAUUCAAUGAGCAGUAAGACACGCAAGCAUUUACUGGAAAGCACUUGGGUCAUGUUCUGUGCACAACCAAAGGAGCUUUGGGCGUGGCAUCGUGGAGCAUUGGAUAGGAUUAAAAGAUGUACACAUGUUAGUGUAAAACUGUUCUAACAAAGCAAAUAGCAUGGUAUGCUUGUGCAUUCUGCCUUCAUCCCUUUCUAUUUCCUUCUAAGUUAUUUAUUUAAUAGGAUGUUAAAUAUCUUUUGGGGUUUUAAAGAGUGUCCUCAGCAGCUGCCCUCUGACUGGCCUUUGCUUUUUCUUCAGCACACCACAGGCAUGUUCACGACAAAGUGAUUUCAGAACUUGGCAAACACUUCAAGAGUAGGAGAUGACAUUGUGAGUGCCCAGGGGCGACCCGUUGACUUAGUCUGCACUUCUGCAAUGAGAACUGUCAACCUCCCACACGACAGUGCUGGGGGCAUGGCUUGAGUGACAGAUGUCUGCCAUCAUUUAAAAACAUGUAUCACUGCUAAGGCUUUCUUUCCUAAGAAACAGACCAGAAGGCUAAAAUGUUUCCCUUCCAAUACAUCCAUGGGUCUCCAGGAAUAUAUAAAAGAAGGAAAAUUGGUUGUUAAAUACAUCUUAGUAGCCUAGCCUCAUUUUUUACUAACGAUUGUCUGCCACCUGUAGCAGUGGUAGGUGAUGACGAGGCUGUCUUCGUAUGUAAGUACCCUUUAUAAGUCCCCCUUGUGCAUCUCCCUCAAAGGAACUCUCGAGGAAUUUGGUACGAAGUGCAACUCUCCCAGGGCCUUAAUCUGAGCAAAGAUAUCCUGGUAUAUGUGUAACCAUAUGCUGAACAACCUGUUCAAGCUGUAUGAUCUAGUCUCUACAAAACCAAAUAAAACAUCUUUUCUGUAAAUUCAAAGAGCUUUGGAAGGUUCCAUAAUGUAACCAUAUCGAAAUUCAUUCUGUUAGAGCAGGUAUAGAAAACAGGAUGUAAGAGUGUACCGGUCAACACACAUUGUACUCCACUAAAUAAAUACUUAAGCCUUAUUUGCAGUGUCUGUAGUGAUUUUAAAAAUGUAGAAAAAGACUAUUUGUUCUAACUAUUUCAAGUGAUAUAUAUAUAAAAGUAUAUUGAUGCUGCAAUUUUACCUUCAUAGUUCUUGUUUUAAAAAGGCCUGUUUACUUUAUUGUUUGGACACGGUAUUUUGGUACAAGAAAAAGACUCACUAAAUGUGUCUCUUUACUAAAGUUUAACUUCUAGAAAGGCUGGUGUUUUGUGACUUUUUCUUAUACCUUAAUUGUGUCAAUGUUUAACCAGCACUUCCAGUUAAUCUGUUAUUUAACAAUUAGCUUUAUUAAGAAACUUUCCCAUAAAGUAAUCCUAUAAAAGAUCUCAUUUUUUCUCAUUUUUUUUAAAAAAGUUGGUAUUUCAAAAGAAAUGCAUUUGAGACAGUGAAUAGGCUUAUGGCUAACAUUGACUUUCAUGGUACCUGCCUUCCAACUUGCUUUUUAACAAAUGAGAUACUAAAAAAAUGUUUAAUCUUUGUGGUUGGAAUCUAUAUGUUAACAUUCAAUUGGUAACUGAGUCUGCAAGCUGCAGUGUAAUGCAUUCCUAUCAGAACUAGAUUAUCUUGGUUCUUUUAUUUUAAAAUAAUAAUUGCACCUGACAUAUGAAGAUGGACCACCCACAACCCAAAUUAAACGUUUGAUGAGACAAAUACAGUAUUAGAUGACCACGGUCAGAGCAAAUAGGGCACAAACUGGAUUCGUGUUUCACACAGCCGUUUAGAUUACCAAGGAGACCGUGUAAGCAGUCAUCAUUAUAGUACUCAAAACACUAAAACAGCUUCCAGCAAAAUGUAUCAAAGCUGGCAGAAGCCAAAAAUAGAAAACAUCUCCCUUACCUCUCCCCCCAAAAUACACACACACACACACACACACACACACACACACACACGAGCACAGAAAGUCAGAUAAGGAGAAAUGAGACUCUCCUGCAUUUAAAAAUGGCAUGUUUGCUCGAUAUGGAGACAGAAUACUGGCCCCCUUUGCAGCUGGAUUGUGCUACUGAAGGAAAAGCAGUUCCAGCCCUGAAUAUUGUAUAUAUUUUAAAAAGCAUCAUUAUUUCAGGAGCUCUGCCUCUAUGGGAAUCGUGCUCCCCUUCACACCUCACCACAAUGUCAAGGUACAUCAGCCACAAAUGCGUGUCCAUCGGAGUGCUGGCCCUGGGGAGACUCCUUGUGACAAUAUAGAAUCCCCCCUCCUCCCACCUUCCGAAAGGCUGCACAGUGUAUAGCAUGUUUCAUUUAAGUAAACUAAUAAAAAUGCUGGGAAAAGAAAAUUAAAAUAGUGUCCUUGUUUAUUUUAUUAGCCUAAAACGAUACCUGGUAAUGCAGAGAGAAGCCUGAGUGUGCCUGGCAGGAAGCGGUUAAAUGCCCCACAGCCUCCAACAACAACAACAACAGAAAAAACAUCACUCAAACAUUUGUAAGAUUUCUUUAAUGUUUUACAUGUGUGAGUCAGCUAUCCUUCCUCUAAUAACAACCAAAUGCGUUCGACUUCUCCUGAGUACGCAGGUCCACCUAUUUACACAGUGGACCGGGAAGGAUGAAUUGAAAAUAAGGAUGGCUUGUGAAACAAUGAGACUUUUGGAGAAAAGCCAAGAGGCUGCAAAAUUUGAUUUCAAGGGCAUAGAAUAGGCCCAUGAACUUGAUUUGAAAAGUAGAGAGAGAAAAGAAUUCAACAUAAUGACUUGGAUCCCGGGCCCAAGCAAGGUUACAGACACUAUUUGAAUGGAUAAACAUUCAUGCUGCACAGAUCUAAUAAUUUUGAUGUUGUUAAUUCAGGGUUUAGGUCUAUUCACAAAAGUAAAUUUCAUCUUUUCUUUGUCAAUGAAGUCCAAAUGUUUUGUAAAUAAAGAUGCCUGUAGGAAGCCAUGACAUAUUUAAGGGAAGAUACCCAGUAGAAGUAGCCUAAUUACAUGCAAAUAUCACAUUCAUUAAGAAUUCCUGUCUGUUUCACUAGAUAGGACUUUUGCAACUUAAACUAAGCAGUAAGAAAAAAGAGGGAUGUUUGGGAGGAAUACUGGAAAGAAAGGGAAGCUCUGUGUCCCACCAGCACUGGACAGGAAGCAGCUACGAUCGGCUCCCUGUGGCUCUCAUGUCCUCUGAUCUCUGACUGGCUUUAUGUUCUCAGCUAUUCCUUGCAUCCAAUUUACUUCCAACUCCAAAACCCAAGACCUUCUUCUCAAGAUAUUACAAUGGAAACAGCCUAGGUAUAACUUGUAUCGGCCAAGUCUAAAUAACAUAACCAACCUCUAGAGCAGUGGUUCUCAACCUUCUAGCUUUUUAAAUACAGUUCCUCAUGUUGUGACCCAACCAUAAAAUUAUUUUUGUUGCUACUUCAUAACUGUAAAGUUGCUACUGUUAUGAAUUGUAAUGUAAAUAUCUGAUAUGCAGGAUGAUCUUAGGCGACCACUGUGAAAGGGUCAUUCGACUGCCAAAGGGGUCGCAACCCACAGGUUGAGAACAACUGCUCUAGAGUCAUCUGUAUGACAAGGGAUGUGGGCAUUGUGAUGGACCAAGUUUCAGUCACAUGACCAGAGUUGCCGAGGUAUGGAUUUUGCACCCCACACGACAGGAACUAAGGAAAAGCAGUGCACCAAAGGGCAGUGAUGGGCAGGGCAAAAGCAAAAAUGGUUCUUAGCUACAUCUAUUUAAAUGAGACUACUGACUUAAACAUGCAUCUUCUAAUCGCGCAUUUUUUCACUAAUUCUAAUUAGCCUUCACCUAUUUAUUCAAAUCAGAGAUUUCAAGAUCUUAUUCUAUAUUGCAUUUUUUAAAAGGGAACGAUUGUAUUUGUCUUAUCUUAUUUUGUUUUGUUUUAAAGUCAAGAGUAGAGCCCUGACUAUAGCCAGGCUCAGUGUAAUUCUGCAAACUUUAGAGAAUGAUCAUUGAGAUGAACGCAAGUUUUCAUGAAAUCAAAAGGUGGUCCUCCUACCAAAUAUUAGCCUAUAUCACAACAUGACGUAAUAAGUCUUUCUUUAAGUUUAUCCAAGAGUAUGUACUAGUAUUUUCAAGUAUAUCAACAUGUAGAAUAAAAUCUAAAAAUGAAA